AUUAUUCCAGAUGGUAGGCAAUGGGUAAUCGAAGCAUCUGAUGGUAGAGGCUCCGUUGAUCCAGAAAACAACAGGGCAUCAAUCAAACUGACACUCUAUGUGCCAGAUGCUCAAUGUGCUGACACAGGGUUAUACAGCUGUCAUGCCAGCUUUCGACCAGCAGGUGGAGUUUCAGUAGCAGGCCGUUCUCAGAAUCUGACGUCAAAAGGUGAGGUUGUUUUCUUCAUGUCAAUUUUUUGCAAGAAAAAACAUCCUGUUCAGAGAUACAGAGUUUGAACAAGGUGUCUUCGGAAUUAUGUAUUUCUACUAGUCCUUGUUAAAAUCGCUUUUUUUUCCCAGGCAUUCUGAAUACCUUAAAUCAUAUGUAGAUUCUCGCAUUUGAUUCAGUUGUCACAAUUGCCAUCUGGUAUGCCUAAAGUCCCUAGAUGCUCAAUUUUUUUUUCAGAACUGUCAGGGGUUAAUAGAUCAUAGUUAUAAAACUCUCAAUUCAACUAAUUUUCUUUCAUUAUUUUUAAAGGAUUAGGUCGAUAAAAUUAUGAAAGAAAAGUUAGUUUGAGAGAGAAAUAGCUUAUGACAGAGUUAUAGAAAGCAUUACAGGGAUAGAAAUAUUGUAAUUUUUUUUUUGAACAAUCAAAAUUAAGUCGACAAAUUUACUCCGAAUUUAGUGGUUUGGACUAAAGUUUUUCAAUGCUGACCACCGAUUUAUGUAUUGCUGAAAUUGUAUCCGAUAGUAUCAUAUGGACAAAAUCAGAAGUAGACCACACACUGAGUAAUGACAGUUCAAAUUCGGAAAAAAGCCAAAGUCCGGAAUGUUCUCUAUUUUGAGAUUUCGCCACAAGAUAAUUAGGCUGAACUACGCCCUAUUUCACACAAUGUGCAAAUGCCUUUUUCAUUGCCACUCUAAAGCAGCAGGUCUGGUCAUUCCACUGUUUCUUUUUUUAAAUCGCAAUGAGAAAACUACAUUUAAGUACGUGGGAGAUGUGCCGCCUACUGGACAGUCUCAAGUCAGCACGUCGAAUUUUGGCAGGAGGAUUCCAGAAAUUUAGCGCAGUGAUUGGUCAAAAGUCUUGUCAUUUUAUGUACAAACAGGAAAUGAUUCACAACUCUCGGCCAAGUUUUCAAUGUGUCGACAAAUUAGGGAACUUGCCGAACUGUGCUUUUUGAACAUAACAUAAUAUAUACAUAAGCCUAAUAUAUAUAUAUAAACUUAUGUCUGUAUGUAAGUAUGUAAGUAUGUAAGUAUGUAUAUAUGUAUGUAUGUAUGUAUGUAUGAUUGUAUGUAUGUAUGUAUGUAUGUAUGUAUGUAUGUAUGUAUGUAUGUAUGUAUGUAUGUAUGUAUGUAUGUAUGUAUGUAUGUAUGUAAGUAUGCCCCGUAUGCGCUACUACACCACUCAUGCGAUUGCGAUAAAACUGUGGUGAGUUGUUGUCCACAAGCCAGCGCAGUUUUCUGCGUCAUGACAAUACUUUUGAAUUAUUCCGUUGGCCCUAAAUUCGAUUUCACCCUUGUAUUAGCUAUAUUAAUAUAUAAUUUCAGUAUGCGUUCCUAUACCAUUCAUCCGAUUUCAAUAAAACUUUGGUAAAUUGAUAUGCGCCCACCCGAAAAGGCUUCUAAAUUAGUACAACGAUUUUAAAACAUUCCAUUUCGGGCUGGCGGCCAUUACCUCCUUUUUUCAUAUUUGAGCCACAUAAAUAUAAUUUCAAAAAGAACAAAAUCAUUGGUGGAUUAAAUUUUAAUCAAAUACAAAAAGCGACAUUUCAAUUUCUGUGUGACAUAAUAGGUAGGUUUCUAAAUUAGUUUAACCAUUUAACAAUAUUCUGUUUGGUGUCGGAGGCACUAAUUUUUUUUUUUUAUUAUAGGAGUAAUAAAAAUAUAUUUUUGAAUAGACCUAAUUCAUGAGUGGAUAGAAUUAAAUCAAAUACAUACAGCGAUAUUUCCGUUUGUGUACGACAUAAUUUAGUAGGUUUCUGAAUUUGUACAAACAUUUUGCAAGAUUCAUUAUGGAGCAUGGGCCCUAAAAUACUUUUUUAUGAUAUGAGCUUUUUAAAUAUAAUUUCCGUAUGCGAUAAAACUUUGGUGAAUUGAUAUGCGACUGCCCGCAAAGGUUUCUAACUUAGUACAACUAUUUUAAAACAUUCUGUUUCGGGCCCGCUGCCCUUACUUCUUUUUUUCUUAUAUCAUCUAUAUCAAUAUAAUAUCAAAAAGAGCUAAAGCAUUGAUGGAUUAAAUUUUAAUAAACUACAAAUAGCGACAUAUCAAUUUGGGUGUGACAUAAUAAGUAGGUUUCUGUCUCAGUAGAACCAUUUUAAAUUAUUCCCUUUUGGCCGGGGGCUCUAAAUGUGUUUCUAUGUAUUAAAUAAGCUACAUAAAUAUAAUUUGAAACACCCCUAUUGUGUGGGCGGAUCAAUCGCUACAAGUGGACGUCAUUUUGAAAAUCCAUGGUGCUCACAUGCACAGCUGUGUGUGUGGCCUGCUCACAUGGUCAGCUGUGUGUGGCCUGCUCACAUGGUCAGCUGUGUGUGUGGCCUGCUCACAUGGUCAGCUGUGUGUGUGGCCUGCUCACAUGGUCAGCUGUGUGUGGCCUGCUCACAUGGUCAGCUGUGUGUGUGGCCUGCUCACAUGGUCAGCUGUGUGUGGCCUGUUCACAUGGUCCUCUAUGUGUGUGGCCUGCUCACAUGGUCAUCUGUGUGUGGCCUGCUCACAUGGUCAGCUGUGUGUGUGGCCUGCUCACAUGGUCAGCUGUGUGUGGCCUGCUCACAUGGUCAGCUGUGUGUGUGGCCUGCUCACAUGGUCAGCUGUGUGUGGCCUGCUCACAUGGUCAGCUGUGUGUGGCCUGCUCACAUGAACCGCUGUGUGUGGCCUGCUCACAUUGUGUGGGGCCUGCUCACAUGGACCGCUGUGUGUGGCCUGUUCACAUGGACCGCUGUGUGUGGCCUGCUCACAUGAACCGCUCUGUGUGGCCUGCUCACAUGGACCGCCGCUGUGUGUGGCCUGUUCACAUGGACCGCUGUGUGUGGCCUGUUCACGCUUCGAAAAACCUUCGUUGGCAUGUCGGGUAGUCCGUAUUAUAAAUAUAAAUAUAUUUUUGUGCUAACAUUUGUUUGGUGAGAACUAAAUUGUAAUGUAAAUUUAUUUUAUUUUUGGUAAUAAUCAGCAUCUUUUUUCAUUGAACUACAUUUUGAGUAAGACUUCUAUAUGUAUAUGACACACGUGAAACUACUUAUCCUAGUUUUCCAAAACUAUAUAAAAAAAUGUGUAUACACCAGCCAUGUGCAAACCUUUAUUUUAAUGUUUGAAGUCAGUAUUUAUAAAAGUCAAUUAAGUCCAAAAUACAUUUAAAAUGCAGUCCUUUUGUGACAAAGAUAAUGAAUCUCAAACGAAACAUUUUAAAUAUUUAGAGAAAAUGAUGUCAAUGGCGCUGUACAUUAACAUUUGUUUACUUGUCCAACGUAGCAAAAACAGAUGUCCCAGUGCUUACAUUAGACCACCACAAUGGCAAAGCACCUGACUCCUCCAAUAACACGGAGGGACAACCAGUCAAAUUAACGUGUUCUUUCGAGGUAGCUGAAAAAUGGGUAUUUUAAAACGCAAAUGUAUUUAUUUCGGUUGAAAAGCAAACUUUUAAAUUGUUCUCAUUCGUCAUACAUAAUGUUGAACAAAUUGUUUCUUUAACAAAUGUUUAAUUUUGUGCAGUAAAGUAUUGUAAUGUGAAUUAUUUAGUUAGACCAAGCGAUUUCAUUUAUUAUAAAUUACUAUAAUAAGACACAAAUAAAUCAAAAUACAUCUCUGAAAAACUCACUUUUUAUGUAGUGUUAAGAACUUUACUCUUGCUAAUACAUUUUUGGAUAUUGAAUAGUAAACCAUUUCAUCAGUGUAAACUGACAUCUAAUCUAACACUGGUCCACUGCACCAAUCAGCAUGAAGGGAACCGUGUGACGCGUGAUGUAAAUUCUUCCAAUGGGUUUUUGCAAUAGGCUAUCACCUUCUUAUUGAACUCAUCUUUUCUACCUGUCCAUGGCUCAUCUUCUCUACCUGUCCAUGGCUCAUCUUCUCUACCUGUCCAUGGCUCAUCUUCUCUACCUGUCCAUGGCUCAUCUUCUCUACCUGUCCAUGGCUCAUCUUCUCUACCUGUCCAUGGCUCAUCUUCUCUACCUGUCCAUACCUCAUCUUUUCUAACUGUCCAUGGCUCAUCUUUUCUACCUGUCCAUGGCUCAUCUUUUCUACCUGUCCAUGACUCAUCUUCUCUACCUGUCCAUGGCUCAUCUUCUCUACCUGUCUAUAGCGGAUCUUGUCUAUCUGUCCAUGGGUCAUCUUCUCUACCUGGCCAGUCCGCUGAGUGUUUUUUUUCCCGUAAUGGUCUCUUCCUGUGCUCAUCUUGGACUAGACUCAAAAGUCUAGCCACCCUCUUGUUUACUUACUGACCCAGGUUUACUGUGCCCCCCAACACACACAUAAUCACUGCUAUCUUGAUCUACUACACACCAAGACUGACCUACCACACGCUGCUCCACAGCUUCGACUGCCUAUACAGUACAUCAAAAUAUUUACACCGCCAUCACCUCUCGGUGUAUAAGAAUCCAGGCUGACACAAACUCUACAAGAUACAAAUUAACUUCCAUAUCGAAUUUCUGCACAAAUGCCAGCAAAAUUCUAAACGAUAGAUACCCUGUCAUGGGAGCUAUCCAGAUAUCAGAACAAGGUGUGUUUACCCUCCUCAAUACCAUUAACCCUUACAAAGAAUGUGGUCCUGACAACAUCAAACCACGAGAGCUCAAAGAAUUAGCCAAAGAAAUCGCUCCUGCACUGACAAUCCUCUUCACUGUGCACAGGAAAUGUACCAGCAGACUGGAGAACAGCGCAAGUCACUCCAAUCUACAAGAAAGGGGAGCAUUCCGACCCUGCCAACUAUCGUCCGAUAUCCCUCACCAGCGUGGUCUGCAAACUGUUGGAGCACAUAAUCGUAAGCACAGUUAUGAAUCAUCGUGAAAGCCAAAAUAUACUCAAUGACUGUCAACAUGGCUUCCGUUUCAAUAGAUCAUGUGAGACCCAGCUUCUUGAAUUUGUAGAAGACCUGAUGACCAAUCUGGAGAACCACAAGCAGACUGACGUGCUGGUAAUGGACAUUGACCGUGUGAAUCAUAGUUUGCUUCUACACAAACUCCAGAGAUAUGGGAUCCGAGGUACCACUAAAACAUGGAUCUCUAGCUUCCUCAGCCAACGAUGCCAAGCAGUAGUGGUGGACGGUACAAGCUCCUUCUUUGUCCAUGUGAAGUCAGGGGUCCACCAGGGAUCAGUGCUAGGCCCCUGUUUGUUCCUAGCAUACAUUAAUGACCUACCCGAGAAACUGACAUCCCAAGCAAGACUGUUCGCAGAUGACAGAUCUGAACAGGACCAGCUACAACAGGAUCUAAAUCUGUUAGCUGAGUGGGAGAUGAGCUGGGACAUGGAAUUUCACUCUGCCAAGUGCCAGACACUAUCAGUCUCUAGAAGUUGUACUCCUCUACACUACCAAUAUGAACUGCACGGCCAUAUACUUGAGCCAGUUUCCUCCGUAAAGUACCUGGAUGUUAACAUUCAAAGAGAGGUCCGAUGGGACGAGCAUAUUAACAAUGUAUAUAACCAAGCAAACAAGACCCAAGGGUUUUUAAGGCGAAAUCUGAAGAUUGGCAACUCCUGUGUGAAAGAAAGAGCAUAUAAAGCCUUUGUCCGUCCGGUUUUAGAUUAUGCAUCUUCAGUCUGGGACCCAUUCACCCAGAAGAGCAUUGACAGGUUGGAGGCGGUCCAGCGACGAGCAGCACGCUUUGUCCUAAACCAUUACAGGAAUACCUCUAGUGUUGGCAAAUGUGGGUUUUCUGUCCACAUGCUGAUUAAUAUUUUAAGUUAAAUUCGUUAUUUUUACAGCUGAUUAUUUGGAAAAAAAAUAUUUGUGACAUUGUGUGUUAAAAGUAAGAGAGCUGGCCAGCCAUUAGCUUUAUAACACGUGUUUAUGUCUCAUUCUCUAUAAAAGCGUAAUAUAUAUUUUUAUAUGAUAAAUCAGUUAAGCAAUCAUCUAUAAACAAAUAUUAUUGAAUCUAUUCGUAAAUUUAAUCUUAUUUUAGGGUCCUGAUGGUCUUGCGAUAGUCUGGUUGGUCGGUCCUAUUAGAGGACCCAACUUUGUG